AUGUCGUUGUUGGGGAUGGCUCUCCUGGCCCUGGCCGCCGCCACUGUGGUCUCUGCCGACUAUUACAUUAAUCCGGAGAGUGUCCCCCUGUCGACGAGAAAAUCGUGGUGCUCCAACGAACUAAGCACUUGCCCUAUCAUCUGCCAGCAAACACCUCCAGGUACUACCAAGGACAACACGUGCGAUGCUGAUACCCUCACAUACGGCUGCGUGUGUGGCGAUGGCCUCCAGCCCAACAUCUCCGAGUACUCCCUCACCCUCCCGUUCUUCGUCUGCCAGGAAUGGGGCAACCAGUGUGUGACGGGCUGCGGUAGAGAUAGCGCCUGCGCUUCCUCUUGCCGACAGGACCACCCAUGUGGUGCUCUCGACCCCAAACGCGACAAUGCUACGAGCACGACUGCCUCUGGCACGGGCAGUGCCACUGCCAGCAGCACCAACCUGAUCUACACCGGCCUUGGAGGAGAGGGAUCGGCAUCGACUUCCCACCCCAAGGGCAAUGUCGCAACCCCGGUUCUCGACUUCGGUCGUGGAUAUAGUCUGCUGGUUGUAGGAGGAUGCUUAUUCGCUGGCUUCGCCUUGAUGCUGUAA